AUGGCUAAUUUCUUUUGGUCUGUGGGAAUGGGAUGUGAACCUCAUCUUCAAUACCUUAGAACAAUGUCUACAAAAAUUGCUUCAUUAAUAACCAUUAUUGAUGAUGUUUACGACGUCUAUGGAACUUUGGACGAACUUGAACUUUUUACCGAUGCUGUUGAGAGAUGGAAUAUCGGUGCAAUUGAUUCAUUACCGAACUACAUGCAAAUAUGUUUUAUUUCUCUCCACAACACCAUCAAUGACAUGGCUUUUGAUGCAAUAAAGAAUCAUGGAGUCAAUGUCAUUCCAUAUUUAAGAAAAAUGGUAAAUUGGACAGAUUUAUGCAAAACAUUCUUGAUCGAAGCAAAGUGGUAUUACACAAAUUACAAACCAACAUUUGAAGAGUACUUAGAGAAUGCAUGGAUUUCAGUAUCAGGAUCUCUUCUUCUUGUUCAUGCUUACGUCUUCACCACAAAUUCAUUAACAAUAGAGGCUUUGGAGUGCUUGCAACUUUAUCCAAAUAUUAUUCGAUAUUCAUCCAUUAUCUUUCGUCUUGCCAAUGACUUAGCUUCAUCUUCGGUAUAA